AUGCUUCUUGCGACUAGUGGGUUUGCUGCGAUAGUCAGAGGCAUUACUUCAUUAAAUGGGGCGUGGGACCCUGAGGCCACAUGGCGAUUUAACCACAAUAUCUUCGGCCGUGAAGGCGAAAUCCCUAACGAAACGGUAGGUGCCAAGACCGAGAGGAAGUCCCUUCAAUCAGUUUAUGACCGUGAUUUAUUAGGCACAAACAAUCCCAAAAUGUCCAAACAAAGCCCAAAAGAGAACAAAAAGCUGCUGCUCAAAGAGAAGGAGGUGGACAAAGCCACGGCAAGGGAGGAACAACCCUUGCUCCAGUCCCCCAAAGCUACUACACAACCAAACUCAGGUAAGGUUGUUCCAAAUUCAACUCAUUCUAACCCUAUCCCACCAAAUGUGCCUUUCCCUCGCAGGUUUAUGCAAUCUAAGAAAGAAGAGAAUGAAAAAAACAUCUUAGAGACUUUCAGGAAGGUACAAGUCAAUAUCCCACUUCUUGACGCAAUAAAGCAACUUCCAAGGUAUGCUAAAUUCUUGAAAGAGCUUUGUACAACAAGGAGGAGGAUUUCAAACAAAAAAGUGGUAAGGGUAAGUGAGAAUGUUUCAGCAGUUUUGCAACGAAAACUGCCACCUAAAUGCAAAGAUCCAGGUGGUUUCACAAUCCCUUGUGUUAUUGGUAACACCAAGUUUGAACAUGCCAUGUUAGAUUUAGGUGCUUCCAUUAAUGUCAUGCCAUACUCUAUUUAUGCAUCUAUGAACUUAGGAGAGCUUAAAAAUGAUGGCGUUAUAAUUCAAUUAGCCGAUCGUUCUAAUGCAUAUCCAAAGGAGUUUUGGAAGAUGUUUUGGUGCAGGUACCCUAUUGAUGAUCACUCGUGUUUCUCUAUUGAUGCAUUUGAUUCUUUGGCGCAGGAAUAUCUCGAAUCCCUAGAUAGGGAUGUCCUUGAAACCACCAUUGUUCAAGGAAUUGAACUCAUAAAAAAUGGGGCCGAACCUAAUCAUGAAGAAAUUGGCGAGAUGGUGGCUGCCCUUGAGUCACUGCCACAAUAUGUUAGACUACAAAUAGCUAUUGGAUGGACUUUAGCCGACAUCAAGGGACUUAGUCCUAGAACAUGCAUGCAUCGCAUACUUCUAGAGGAAGGGCUAAACCAACUCGAUUGUGGGGUCAUUUACCCAAUUUUGGAUAGUCAUUGGGUUUCACCGGUUCAAGUUGUACCAAAGAAAUCAAGAGUCACUGUGGUAAAAAAUGAAGAGAAUGAACUUGUCCCCACUCGUAUCCAAACAGGUUGGAGAGUUUGCAUUGAUUAUAGGAAGCUCAACGCCACCACAAGGAAAGAUCACUUCCCUUUGCCGUUCAUUGAUCAAAUGCUUGAAAGGUUAGCCGGUCAUUCUUUUUAUUGCUUUCUUGAUGGCUAUUCGGGGUAUAAUCAGAUUGUUAUAGCCCCAGAUGACCAAGAAAAGACUACUUUUACUUGUCCGUUUGGUACUUUUGCUUAUCGACGAAUGCCAUUUGGUUUAUGUAAUGCACCAGCCACCUUUCAAAGAUGCAUGGUAAGUAUCUUUUCCGAUUUCGUUGAGAAGAUUAUUGAGGUUUUCAUGGAUGAUUUUAGUGUCUUUGGUGACUCUUUUGAUGGCUGUUUAACUAAUCUCACGUUGAUAUUAAAACGUUGCAUUGAAACCAACCUUGUUUUAAAUUGGGAAAAAUGUCACUUCAUGGUAAAACAAGGCAUAGUUUUAGGACAUAUAGUUUCAGAAAAGGGAAUUGAAGUUGAUAAAUCAAAAAUAGGUCUUGUACGCCACUUACCCUCUCCCACUUCGGUGAGAGAGGUUCGUUCUUUCCUUGGACAUGCAGGAUUCUAUAGACGUUUUAUCAAAGAUUUCUCGAAGAUUUCAACACCCUUGUGCCGACUUCUACAAAAGGAUGUGCCGUUUGUGUUUGAUGACAAAUGUGAGAAGGCGUUCAAUCACCUCAAAGAAUUGUUAACUUCGGCACCUAUCAUUGUUCCACCAGAUUGGAGCCUUCCGUUUGAGCUUAUGUGUGAUGCUUCAGAUUAUGCUUUAGGGGCUGUUUUGGGACAACGGAAAGGACAAGAAGCCACACAUAAGUUUCGUUCUUAUUUACUUGGUACUAAAGUUAUAAUUUACUCUGACCAUGCAGCUUUGAAGUACUUACUCACAAAGAAAGAAGCCAAACCAAGGCUUAUUCGCUGGAUGCUUCUUCUUCAGGAGUUUGACGUGGAAAUUAGGGACAAAAGAGGAUGUGAAAAUGUAGUGGCUGACCACUUGAGCCGUUUGGUACAUGAAGAAGACCUUCUACCUAUUCCAGAGGCAUUCCCAGAUGAACAAUUGCUGACCAUUGAGGUAAGUGAGCCAUGGUAUGCUGAUAUUGUGAAUUAUAUUGUGUCUAAACAAGUUCCAAGCACCAUAACUAGGCACCAACGCGAUAAACUUAAAAAAAUUGCACGGUUUUAUGUGUGGGAUGACCCUUAUUUGUGGAAAUAUUGCCCUGAUCAAAUUAUUCGUAGAUGUGUGCAUGAUUCUGAGUUUAAUUCAAUCUUAACCUUCUGUCACACUUAUGCAUGUGGGGGUCACUUUGGUACACAACGCACAACACUUAAGGUUUUAGAAUGUGGAUUUUAUUGGCCUACUAUCUUUAAGGAUGCUAGAACUUUUUGUAUGACUUGUGAUCGUUGUCAAAGAACGGGCAAUAUAGGUGCAAAAGAUCAAAUGCCGCAAACCCCUAUCUUUUCUGUUGAGAUUUUUGAUGUUUGGGGUAUUGAUUUCAUGGGCCCUUUUCCUUCUUCACAUGGUUUUAAUUAUAUCUUACUUGCUGUGGAUUAUGUUUCAAAAUGGGUGGAAGCAAAAGCCACCCGUACCAAUGAUUCCAAAGUGGUUGCAGAUUUUAUUAAAACUAACAUAUUUGCAAGAUUUGGAAUGCCACGAGUACUUAUAAGUGAUGGGGGCUCUCACUUUUGUAAUCGGACCAUAGAGGCACUACUUAAGAAGUAUAAUGUCACGCAUAAGGUUUCAACACCUUAUCAUCCCCCAAACAAGUGGACAAGCCGAAGUUUCCAACCGGGAAAUCAAGCAGAUCUUGGAAAAGACAUUGAGUUGGAGCAUCGUGCACAUUGGGCAGUCAAGACUUUCAACAUGAACAUUGAUGCCGCUGGACUUCAUAGGAAAUUGCAAUUGAAUGAGCUUGAGGAAAUUCGGACUGAAGCUUAUGAGAACGCUCAUAUUUACAAGGAGAAAACAAAGGCUGCCCAUGACAAGAUGAUUCGUAGUAAAACGUUUUCUGUGGGGCAGAAAGUGUUACUUUUCAACUCUCGCCUUCGUUUGUUUCCGGUCCAAAUUCAAAGUUUUAAGACGGGACAUGAAUUCAAAGUGAAUGGACACCGUUUGAAGCCAUACUAUGAGUCUUUUGAGGAGCAUGUAGUGGAGGAUGUACCCCUCCAUGCCAUUGGCCCUAGUGAAGCUUAA